GCGGGACAGCUACCUAAGCUAGGCAGGCCUACUAAGAUCGCAAGAUUCAAGCAGCAGUUCAGUCAGGUCUUUACUACUGCCAACCACAUCUUUUACCGCAAUUUUGGGCCAAGAAUAUUACGCCCAUACGCAGGUUCAGCAGGCAAUAAUCCCUAAGGAUAUCUCAAUUUUAAAGUUUUGAAUACCACUGUCUUCUUCUGGUCGCUACCCACUCGAUGCUAUCAUGAAUUGACGUCAGGUUUGGAAUCUGCAUUGCUAGAGCAGUUAUCUAGCACAUCACCAAGAAGAAACUCAUACCUUCAACGGAUUUUGUAUAUUGUAUCUUGGGGAUCCUGCUUUACAUUCGCCGAUACAAUAAGGGUCACGCUACAGUCAUGCCUCCCUUCCUCUCACCGUCCCCCACCAUCCUCAUUCCUAACCUGCCACCAAAAACUCUCGUCGGUAUCGAUCUCAUCACCUUCACAUCCACGGCCAAUUUCCAUGGAAUACGCGAUCUCCCGAAUGGAUGGCACUUUCUAUACUCGGGUACAACAGAGACUCUGUCUCUCAGAUGUGGUGGAUGGUUUUACGUUGGCGAUAUCAAUACCCUUCAAGCUAGCCACGAUGGAGCCAUUGUCCCAACGCGACGGGCGGAUCUGGGGCCGGAAGUUGUCAUUUGGAAAUGGAAUGCAGAUACCGAGUCUUUGAUACCUCUAAAGGGUGAUAAUGAUGCAGACAAACAAGAAGCUAUGCGACAUAAAGCAAAUCCGGGAGCAGUCUGGCAAAGCGGGGGACUGUUUCGGUACCGAAGUCGUGUACCGUCGCCAUUGGUGGGGAAACAGAUACCUAUGCAAGAUGAGAUUGACGAGGAACUUGAAGAAGAAGGGAAAAGUAAUUGGGAUGGAUUGACCAACAGACUAUCUCCAGCACUCUUGUCGCGAAUUAUCGGGGAUCCAGAAUGGGAUGUUGACGGCCGGCCUCGCUGGAUGGUCACGUCUGCUGGAACAGCAAACAAAGAUUCUGAAGAAAUUCCAGGUAUCGCAAAUUCUGCAGAAGCCUUUAAUGACUCGGGGGGAGCUAUUGAGGAACAAGAUGAAUUCACUUUCCUCCCAAUUGAUCUAAAGAGAACUUGGAGAGAAGGCGCUAUUGGACGGGAGAGAACUGAAGCUGCUCAAGAUCGCUCGUGGGCCCUCGGGGAUCUGAUACUCCGGUAUUCAAGCACGAUCGAGGAUACAAAAGAUAAUAUAUCUGGAGAAGCGCAGAUACUGGGUGAACUGCAGUUCUGUUUCCUAAUGACUUUGACAUUGAUGAAUUACUCAUGUCUCCAGCAAUGGAAACGAUUGCUAGGCUUGAUCUUAACUUGCCGAAGUGCAAUAAAGGAUAGGGAGUUGUUUUUUAGGGAUUUCCUAGCACUGCUGCUGCUUCAACUCAAAAGAUGUGAUGAUGUCGACGGAGGACUGUUCGAAAUCGACGGUGAUGAAGGCGGAAGGUUCCUGCGAAAGCUUCUGAUGAAGUUCAAGAUACUACUCCAUGAGGUUGUCGGCGAUACUGGGUCCAUCGUCAAAACUGAGUUUGAAAAACUAGAAAGAUGGGUACAAGAAGAACUCGACUGGGAACUGAAUCGCGAUGCUUUUGUUCGGAAAGGUAUGUUUCAAUUGGAAGAUGGAGAGGAGGUGGAGCUAGAAAUGGAAGACGACGAAGACGACGAGACUGGUGAGUAUGCUCCAAUGGUGGUAGAAACAGAAUAAGGCAAUCCUGCAUAAAACAUGGAUAUAAGAAAUGCUAUAUAUUUAAAAUUGGAUGGCUUUCCUCGGUCAAUAGGAUAAAAGUAUUUGUAUUGAG